UAUGGGUGAAUCGAGUACACAGGCAGCCCCAAGGCCCUCCUGUGAAUAUGGACAGGAAUGUUACAGAACAAAUCCCAAUCAUCGUGUGGAAAAGGCCCAUCCCGGUGAUGCCGAUUAUCAAGUGCCACGAAUGCCCUCACCCGUAGAGGGUGCCCCAAAAUGUAAAUAUGGUCGUCGAUGUUAUAGAAAAAAUGCCGAACAUUUUCGUAACUUUAGACAUCCGCGACCAGUUGCCAGGACAAGCGAUCAAUAUAUGGAUGAUGAUGAGGAAGAAGAAAGUGAAGUUGAUCCAUUUGAUGAUUCAAGUGGUUCGGAUUAUGUACCAAGUGAAGAGUAUGAUUAG